AUGUUAUCAAAGGGUUCUUUUUUAAAAAAUAAUAACAAUGGAUCAAAGUUAGUGUCAUUUGUGACCAGUAGAGCAUCAACUCCAUUAUUAUUAUUAUCAACAUCAUCAUCAUCAUUCCUAUCAAGAUCUUUUGUUAGUUCAUCAAAAUUAUCAUUCAAUCAUUUAAAAUCAUUCAAUAAUAAUAUUAACAUAAUUAAAACACCUGUACUCUCUUUAAACAAUAAAAGUAUCAAAAAUAUCAAUAUAAAUAAUAAUAGCAGUAGUAGCAUAUUAACGAGAAAAUCAAUCAUAUUCAAUAACAAUAAUAAUCAAAAUGUAUUAAUGAGAUAUAAACCAACACAAUCGAAUAGAAAUUAUUAUCAAUCAAGUAGUACUACAUCUGCUUCAUAUAUAUCAUCAAAUGCUCUCAUUUGGGCUAUCAUUGCAAUCAAUGGUAUAAUUUUUAUAAUAUGGCAAGAUAAAACACAAGAUAAUCAAAUUUUUAUGUACAAGAACUUCACUUUGUCAACACAGAAUCUAAGAGAACGUCCUUAUACACUGCUGACAGCAGCAUUCUCUCAUAACGAUCUACAACAUUUCCUCUUUAAUAUGUUAGGUCUCUAUACGAUUGGAGGUUCACUGCUUGCUGCCACUGGCACACCGUUGUUCCUCGGACUCUACUUGGGUGGUGCAGUAUUCAGUAGUUUCAUCUACUGCUUCCUCGAGCAGCGAAAACAACAACAGCUACUAAAACAACAACGUGGAAUGUUCUCAUAUCAACAAGUAGUUAGACACGGUCUCGGUGCAUCGGGUGCAUUGUCAGCGGCGAUGGUGUCAUUCGCCUGUAUGUUCCCACACUCCACCUUCUUGUUGAUGGGCAUAGUUCCAAUGCCUGCAUGGGCAAUGGUAACACUCUACAUGGGUUACGACUUCUAUCACGAAUAUCGUCAUUCCAAUACUGGUGUUGCACAUACUGCACAUCUUGGUGGUGCGCUCUAUGGAGGUUUAUUCUAUCUCACUCUACUUAGAAAGAGAAAUUAUUUCUAUUAA